CCGUGCUGUAUAUUCAAUGAGCUCGGUUCGCAUCGAAGUCGCCGGGCGAUCCGUCCAAGUCCGCGAAGACCUCUCGAUCGACAGCACCGGCGCCAAAGUCUGGAACACUAGUAUUGUUCUGCUCCGGCACUUGGAAAAGAUGCGCCGCAAGCUGAAGUACGAUCAACCAGGAAGGCGUGUGCUCGAGCUUGGCGCUGGCUGUGGAUUGCUUGGAAUCAGUUUGGCAAGCAUGGGCUGGCACGUUACAGUCACCGAUAUGGCCGUCAUGCUGCCGUUGUUGCGCGAGAAUGUUGCGCAGGCAAGAAGCUCUGUUGCGACGACAGAUGAGCAAGAUGCGUCCAGUAACACGACACGAUUGGAAAGUGGCGGGACUUUGACAGUUCGCGAACUUUGCUGGGGAGAGACAGAUCUCUCCGAAUUCAAUGGGCCAUUCGACUGUAUUGUUGGCACCGAUGUUGUCUUUCUCGAACGGCUGGUCGAUCCAUUGAUUAAUACGCUGGAUCAGCUUGGAGACACGUCGACCAAUGUGUUUAUUUGCAUUGAGCCGCGCAACGCUGUUGCGUACGACAUGUUUCUGAAGCGAGCAGAGCAGUUGUAUGAUAUCAAGCAGUUGACACCCGACGCCGAGUUUCGAGAUGACUUUGUCAAGCUAUUCCAGCUGCGGAAACGCUUUCUGGCAACGUCGUCCGACGAAUGAUUUGUUCAUGUUAAAAAUUGAUAUUAUUAGUACUGUA